AUGAAAUACUUUGUAGCACUCCGUGAUUCUAAGGAUGAACCAUUAGUUCUUAUAUCGAAUUUUGAGGAUGACUCUUCAGUCAGUUUAACUGUUAUGAGCUCAAAUAGCAUGUUUAUUUUACAAGACAAAAACCAAGAGUUUCGAAACCUACAGUCCAACCGACCUAUAGAGUCUUUAACUCCUGCUGUAAUUGAAAAAUUGCUUUCUGGAGUAUCGAAUUCCAAAUUUAAACUGCAACCAGUGUUGCUAGAGGACAUUUGUCGAAUAUACAUUUUGAUCAUCGAUCCUUUUCCUUUGCGGGUUGCUUGGUUCGAAUUAGCCAAGCAAUCGCUUGAUCCUGAAACGUUGUUUUGCUCGUUGUGGGAGUGCAGUAAUGUUAUACAAGAUGUUGCUUUUGCCAGACUAGCCCAUCAGGAAGAAGAAAUGGUACAGGUAGUACAACACGCUCGCGACCUAGAAGAGGAAUUUCGUAUGAGAGAACGACUCUUACUACUGAAGUUUCAGGAGUUAAUUAAGGAUGCCAAGAAGAAAGAAAGAGGUGAUCAAAGUGGUUCUUCUUUAGAAGAGGAGUACAAUGAAGACCUAGAGUCUCCCAUAAAGGAAAGCUCUAUACCUAAAGUCAAAGAGGAAUCACCAUCCGUAAACUCAUAUUCUCCAACAGAUACUUUAGAAAACCAAGAAACAACAUCCGAAGAGUAUGAAAUCCAUGAAACAGGGAAAACAUCAGGAGAAACCAGCGAGACCGAGUCGGAGUAA